AUGUCAUCAGAAUCAAGCAAGAAACGGAAGCCCAAAGUGAUACGAAGUGAUGGAGCUCCAUCUGAAGGCAAGCGUAACCGUUCUGACACAGAACAGGAAGGUAAAUACUACAGCGAGGAGGCUGAGGUGGACCUGCGGGACCCUGGCAGAGACUAUGAGCUGUACAAGUACACGUGCCAGGAGUUGCAGAGGCUCAUGGCUGAGAUCCAGGACCUGAAGAGCCGAGGAGGCAAGGAUGUGGCAGUUGAGAUAGAAGAUCGGAGGAUCCAGAGCUGUGUGCAUUUCAUGACUCUAAAGAAGCUUAAUCGAUUAGCCCAUAUCAGGUUGAAGAAAGGAAGAGAUCAGACCCAUGAGGCCAAGCAGAAAGUAGAUGCCUAUCACCUGCAGCUCCAGAACCUGUUGUAUGAGGUGAUGCACCUGCAGAAAGAGAUCACCAAAUGUCUGGAGUUUAAGUCGAAGCAUGAAGAAAUUGAUCUGGUCAGUUUAGAGGAGUUUUAUAAGGAGGCUCCUCCAGAUAUUAGCAAGGCUGAAGUCACCAUGGGAGACCCUCACCAGCAAACCCUGGCACGUCUGGACUGGGAGCUGGAGCAGCGAAAAAGGCUGGCAGAGAAGUACCGAGAGUGCCUGUCCAACAAGGAGAAGAUCCUCAAGGAGAUUGAGGUGAAGAAGGAAUACCUGAGCAGCCUCCAGCCUCGUCUCAAUAGCAUUAUGCAGGCUUCCCUCCCAGUGCAAGAGUACCUAUUCAUGCCGUUCGACCAGGCUCACAAGCAGUAUGAGACAGCUAGACAUCUGCCACCGCCUCUCUAUGUCCUCUUUGUCCAGGCCACUGCGUAUGGGCAGGCCUGUGAUAAGACGUUGUCUGUGGCGAUCGAAGGCAGUGUGGACGAAGCCAAGGCUCUAUUUAAGCCUCCUGAAGACUCUCAAGAUGAUGAGAGCGACUCCGAUGCUGAAGAGGAGCAGACCACGAAACGCCGGCGACCCACACUGGGAGUUCAGUUGGAUGACAAGCGCAAGGAGAUGCUGAAGAGGCACCCGCUAUCUGUCAUGCUGGACCUGAAGUGCAAAGAUGACAGUGUGCUUCACCUGACCUUCUACUACCUCAUGAACCUCAACAUCAUGACGGUAAAGGCCAAAGUGACAACCGCCACGGAGCUGAUCACCCCCAUCAGUGCAGGUGACUUGCUGUCUCCUGACUCAGUCCUGAGCUGUUUGUAUCCAGGGGAUCAUGGAAAGAAGACUCCGAAUCCAGCCAAUCAGUAUCAGUUUGAUAAAGUUGGCAUCCUGACUUUGAGAGACUACGUACUUGACCUAGGUCACCCCUAUUUGUGGGUACAGAAGCUAGGUGGCCUCCACUUCCCCAAAGAGCAGCCCCAGCACACGGUGAUUGCUGACCACUCGCUGAGCGCCAGCCACAUGGAGACCACCAUGAAACUGCUGAAGACCAGGGUUCAAUCCCGCCUGGCCCUCCACAAACAGUUUGCAUCCCUGGAACAUGGCAUUGUACCAGUUACCAGUGAUUGCCAGUACCUCUUUCCUGCAAAGGUUGUCUCCCGCCUGGUAAAGUGGGUGACAAUUGCCCAUGAGGAUUACAUGGAGCUGCAUUUCACCAAGGACAUUGUGGAGGCGGGACUGGCUGAGGACACCAAUCUUUACUACAUGGCACUCGUGGAAAGGGGCACAGCCAAACUCCAAGCUGCCGUGGUGCUGAACCCUGGCUACUCCUCCAUCCCACCCAUUUUCCAGCUGUGUCUGAACUGGAAAGGAGAGAAAACCAAUAGCAACGAUGACAACAUUCGGGCCAUGGAGAGCGAGGUCAACGUGUGCUACAAGGAGCUCUGUGGCCCCCGACCCAGCCAUCAGCUCUUGACCAACCAGCUGCAGCGCCUGUGUGUGCUGCUGGACGUCUACCUGGAGACGGAGAGCCACGACGACAGCGUGGAGGGGCCCAAGGAAUUUCCCCAAGAGAAGAUGUGUCUGCGGCUUUUCAGGGGUCCCAGCAGGAUGAAGCCAUUUAAAUAUAACCACCCUCAAGGAUUCUUCAGCCAUCGCUGA